GAAAUCUGUUUAUAAUAAAACGUAUUAUUACGUUAUUUUGCUAUACCGUUCUCCGGAAUUAAAAUGUAUAACGAGUUCUGUAUGACUGAUUUGUUCGUACAAUGAAUUAAUUUGAUUUACAAACUGGCCUUGAGUAAUAGUUAUUUGAAAAUCGAAUGCAUAGUUGGAAGAGUAGGUAAUGGUAGUUAAUCCACGCAUAUCACGGCAACUGUCCGCGCAAAGUUCGGUUUUAUCCGAUUGUACACAAGUCCGCUGUUAUUUGUGACGUUGACAUUAUUCAGUAAAGUAAAAAGUGUCAGAAAAAGAGCUACGCAACAAGAUCGUUGGAUAAGUACAUAGUUGCAUCGUAAUGUGCUUCGUGUUAAUAAGUUUUAAUUGAAGAAGCGGUCCUAUUUCGCGAGGAUGGAAUAUAUGACAUAUUUAAACAGUAUUUUGUUUGUGAUUUUUAUACAAUUGUCAGUGUUAAAUUGUGCUCACUUAUCGAGAACUUAUAUCAACGAUCUGUCGACAAACAGCGGUGAUAUCGUACCAAGAAUAAGCUGGUUAUUCAGCAAUUCUGUUGACAGUACCGUUAGGGUUAAAAGAGCGAGUAUAGCCAAUUCUUACCUACUACCUGAUAAAUGUCUCCAGAAUUUGAAUCGUCUAUGUGGCGAUGUAAAUAGAGAUGACGAUGAAUUAAGGUUAUUAGAAUGCAUUCAAACAUUCAAGCCAACCGAAGUAUCCGGUAUCGACGAUGACUGUCGCUCAGCAAUAUGGGAAUACAUCUUAAAUAUUACUAAUAAUUUAAAUAUAGAACGAUUAGCUAAGAAAACAUGCGGUAAAGAAUUAGGUUCAUUGCCUUGUUCCACCACUGAUACCAAGCAUGGAGCAUAUUUAUCUUGUUUGAUCGAUAACAGAGAAAAAGUCAAGGGUCCAGAAUGUAUCGAGUAUAUUCAGCGCUUAGAAUGGAUUGCAUUUACAGACUUCAGAAUUAUAACACCAUUUUCAUCAGAUUGUGAUAGUGAUAUUAGACAAUUUAAAUGCGAUAAAAUACAUCCAUAUAGAGAUAUAUCCCAAGGGCAAAUAUUAGCUUGCUUACAAGAACAUGUCAAUGAACUUCAGGAUCAAUGUAAACGACAUAUACUUCAUGUAUCUGAAAUACAAGCAGAAAAUAUAAGGCUGGAUAGACAAUUAUAUUUGGCUUGCGCGCAAGAUCGUGCAAACUUUUGUCCAGAUAUAAGACCAGGUAGCGGUCAAGUAUACAAAUGCUUGAUGCAACACAAAACAGAUAGAUCCAUGUCAGGGACAUGUCAGGAACAGCUCACAAGAAGAGGAAAACUAAUAGCAUCGGAUUAUAAAAUCAGUAGAGGACUGGUCAAAGCAUGCAAAGACGAUAUUAAACUUAAUCAUUGUAGGAGAUCUGUUAUCGAAGAUAGAAAUAUAAGACUCGCACAAAUCCUUCUCUGUUUGGAAUCAGCAAUAAAAAAUGGUAGCAAGAUCGAUGGAAAUUGCCAAGCUGAAAUGUUUGAUCAUAGAAAACUGUUAAUGGAAGAUUAUAGACUAUCUCCUGAAAUAGUCGACGGUUGUGCCAAUGAUAUUACAACGUUCUGUAAUAGCCUUGAAGUUGGUGGUGCAACAAUUCAUUGCUUAAUGGAACAUACUAGGACAAGAAAAAAAAAAUUAAGAGUGUCUAGCAAGUGCCAAAGAGCGUUAGAAGAAUUAAUUAUGGAAACCGAUGCUGGAGAAGACUGGCGAAUCGAUCCUGUUCUAAGGGAACAGUGUCAACCAGUUGUUAAUUUAGCCUGCAAAAAUGUAAACGGAGGCGAUGCCAAAGUAAUAUCUUGUCUAGUGGAACAUCUUGGUACAGACAGAAUGACAGAAGCUUGCGAAACUGCUUUAAUUCAAAUACAAUAUUUUGUAGCCAGAGAUUUUAAAUUGGAUCCUCAAUUGUAUAGAGCCUGCAAAUUUGAUGCAAUACGUUUAUGUCAUGCACAAAAUGCAUGGGCCAGCGAUGGAAGACAGAUGGACCCGGAACGCGGACCUCUUAUUUUACCAUGUUUAUAUAGGCAUGCAUAUCAUCCUCAAAAAAACAUGACAUUGAGAACUGAAUGUCUUGAAGAAAUCAGACGUGUUAUGAGACAGCGGGCUGUAAACGUUGAUUUACAACCCGAGAUCGAAGAACUGUGUCUAAAUGAAUUAGCAUCAUAUUGUUAUGAUAAAACUGCAAAAGGGGAAGAAAUAUUGUGCCUUCAAGACCAUUUAGAUAGUUUAAACAAAAAUUGCAAGUUAGCAGUCGGCAAUUUUACAGAGGAACAAGCGGAACGCUUUGAAUUGAAUCCAGUUAUUUCUGCUGCGUGUCAAUAUAUCAUAGAACGUCAUUGUAAGGAAAUAUCAAAAUAUAGCAAAGGCGAAGGUGACAUGAUGGAGUGUUUGAUAGAACAUAAAAAUGAUUUAGAUGUACAAUCUGAUUACAAGUGUAAAGCAGCAGUGGAACAUUUCCAAUUAAUAUCAUUAAAAAAUUAUCACUUUACAUAUAAAUUUAAAGAAGCCUGUAGACCUUCUGUCAAGAGAUGGUGUCCAAAAUCAAAAACAAAAGCAGAAGUAAUAGAGUGUUUAAGUUCAAUAGUACAAGAAAAUAUAAUAAAAAAUACGCAACAUCAUAUCCCAAAAGAAUGUAGACAACAACUAAAAGCACAGCUUUACCAACAAAGAGAGAACAUUCAGUUCGAUCCUGUUUUACAGUCACAGUGUACAACGGAUAUUAAACAAUAUUGUUUUAACGUUGAACCAGGAAAUUCACAGAUUCUAGAAUGCUUAGCUGGACAUAAGUCAAAAUUAUCAGAUGCAUGUCACAAACAGUUGUUUAAAGUGAGAAAACAGGAAUUUCAAGACAGUUCAAGCGAUUUUGCUUUACUAAAUACUUGUCGUGUUAUGGUAAGACAAUUCUGUCACGACAUAAGCCGUUCGCAAGCAUUGGAUUGUUUAAAGAAAUAUAAAGAUGAGAUUACAUUCGACGAAAAAUGUAAAAAUAUCGUUAUUCGGAGAAUGAUCGAACAAAACACAGAUUACAGAUUCAACACUGCGUUACAAACUGCUUGUUCUUACGACAUCAAUAAAAAUUGUAAAGAGGUUUUACUACAUGAGCCCACCGAUAAAGAACUUGAAGGAAAAGUCAUAAGAUGUUUAAAAAUUAAAUUCCGAGAAUCGAAGCUUACGGUAAAAUGUGAAUACCAGAUGACUAGCAUACUCAGAGAAGCAGCCUUAAAUUAUCACUUAAAUCCAUUGCUUGCUACGAUGUGUGCGCAUGAGAUUGAAACAGUCUGUAGAGCAGAUGAAAAUGAUCCUGGAACAGUAGAAGAGUGUUUGAAAAUAGAGUUCAAUGCUGGUAAUAGAGAUAUGAAAGAAGAAUGCCGUCUUGAAAUCGCCGAUUUAAUAGAACAAAGGAAAGCAGAUAUUAAUGCAGAUCCGUUACUACAAAAAGCAUGCGCUGUUGACGUCAGCAAAUAUUGCAGCGAUGUUUCUCAAGGAGCAGGAAGGCAUAUCUUGUGUUUGCAAAAUGUAUUGGAAGAUAGCAACAAAUCUUUGCAACCUGACUGCUACAAAAUGUUAACUACAAGGAUCGAAAUGUUUAAAAAUGCGGCCAAGUUGAUUGCUCCGAAUUCGAUUGAAGAACUAUACUCAACAAUAAACCAAUCUCCUGCAAGACGAUACUUUAUGAUCGUCGCUUUAACGAUGAUUGGUAUAAUUUUCAUCUCCGGUUUAUUUUGUGGAAGAGUGACGAGACGAACAAUGUUAAUGAAAAAUAAAUGAUAAAUUGUAGUGAAAGCGGUCCGUCCUCGAAGAAGAUUAUCGAUCGGUGUAGUUAGAAACAAAAAGAAUCACUCCAUUCAGUAAACAUCGAGAAUAAAAAGUAAAAAAAGUGAUAACAUCACGUGACCUUCCUGCAAAAUAUCACAUUACGCAAAAAAAAAUUAGAAACAAAAAAUAUUAACCUUUUUAUAUGUUUUUUUAUCGCGUACAAACCUAUGACGAAGUAAUAUUUAAAUAUUAUACAAUUAUGUCCAUGAUUCUAUGAUCUGUCAUUCAUAGUAUUAUUAUAAAUGUAAAAACUGUAAAAGUUGAAUGAAUGGUAUGUAUGAUAAACUGGAAAUGAUUUGCUAUUAAGGUAGAUUUUAAUAAUAAUAAAAAAAAAAACAUUAAUAGAGAAUAUAUAUAUAAUAAAAA